AGUAAUGACUGAAAGUUCAGCAUGGCUUCUUCGUGUGAUAGUUCUGAAGAAGAUUUGGCAAAGUUUGCUGUUAUUACUGACGUUGUUGACUCAGAAGUGGCGAUGGUACAUAGCACUUCUCCAUCUAAUUCCAAGUCCAAACCAAGUCUGAGACAUUGGCGAAAGGAAGAGGAUAUUACCUGUUCUUCAACAGAAUUGAUAACACCUGAGUUUAGACAACAUGUUGCAAAAAAGCUUUCAAAGUUUUUGGAUGAGAACUUCAUCUGCUCUGAAGAAAAUACUCACUUGCAAGAUGACCAUGUCAGCAGUUCACAUGAAUCCUUAGGAAUCAAACUGCUCUUGAAAUCCAAUCAGUUACUAUUGGGAGAAUCUGUGAAGGAAGUGCCUAGCUCUACUGUUGCUAGAAAGAAUACAAAAUACUCUGUUAGCAGUGAAAGUGAUACUGAUGAGGAGGAAUUGAGUCGUUUAGCAGAAGCAGCAGUGUCUGGGCACUCAGUCAUUCAAGAAGGACACGGUGGGAGUAAAGAAAAAGCUGCAGACGAGCCUGAAACCAAAAGAAAACGGAAAAAAGAGAAGAAAAGAAGCAAAGAAAAGAGGAAAAAGAGUAAAGUGAGCGAAGAACUAGAAGAAAAGAAGCACAAGAAACGCAAAAAAGAAAAACACAAGGAUAAAACGUGAAGGUUAUGGGUGGUUUGGAAGUGAGACGUCUUUUGAAAAAGAUAUCCGGCGAAUGGGGAUAUUUUAAAGCCAAUCGCCAAGUGGCGAUAACAUGUCGCUUAUUUAGUAACAUGUGGCCAAUCCAAGUGUGCUUAUGUGAAGCCACCAGAUACGCUCUAAACUAAGGCUUGCUGCCUUCAGCGACAAUCGAGGGCAAAAAUCGUAUGUCUCACCCGUAAGCUGGCGUAUUACUAUGCCGAGAAAAAAGCAAUCACGGGUUGCACGACUAUGAUCAUCGGCUUGAUUCACUUCCAGAGAAAACGAAGAAAACACGCAUCUGUCAGCAGAAGCCUUUAUACAACCUAGAAUAUGUUAUAUGCAUCUGAUGUCAGGAGCCAAAGAAGAGUAGUAGCCGUUGAUCUAUGGACCAUGCAUAAUGCGUGUUUCCGAAAACAUCGGACAAAAAAUGCGUAGCCCAGGGAGAAGAUAAAACGAUAUGUGUUCGAGAAUCAGCCGGGUCCGCCAUAGGAAUAUCUUUUUUAUAUUUAUAUCAAUUCAGUGAACAACCACACUUUUUUUUAUAACCUCGGCCGUGUUCGCUUGUAUAGUCAAAGGAAUAUUAAGGUAGAACUAUAAUGAACGUAAAAUUUGUCGCAUUGAGUUUUUGGGAACAGACAUUGAAUUUCGGGAAGCGCAGCGGAGACACGUGGUUGUCUGUCUCACUGUCAGAAACCUGGAGGAACCGAUGAGAAGCAAGGAAAAACUCAUCGCCAAAUUGGUGUCAAUGUGAUUUUAUUUCGUUUCAUGCAUGGUGCUCUAACUCUUUUUUUUCUGUCAGCCUUUACCCUUCUUUUGCCUUUAUUUACAUAUUUUGAUUAGAACUUGAAUACGUUCUAUUUAAUUCAUAGAGUAAUUUUUACUUAUUGAUGUAUUUCUAAGAAUAGAAACGACCUAAAGAUAGUUGUUUGAUCGUCACGUAAACUUAUUGCGUUACCCAACAAUAUAGUGGACAAGUUAUCACCGUCUAACAGGUCUCGAUGCAACGAAGUCAAACAUUUUUCACAGGUCUUCCAGUGUGCCUACGGCGAUUUAGUUUUGACUACUCCAUAAUUACCCUGCGGAGUGAACGUUUUCGCGCAAUUUCAAUUUCUUCUUCGUUGCUAUUUACGCUUGAUAAUUAAUUUACUCGUCACUUGUCAUUCACAAGUCAUAUAUUAAUAUAUUCAUAUAUUAAUCUU